GGAGCAGGCGGGAGGAGAGCGGCGGCGGCGGCGGUGUUGUGGUAGUGGAGGGAGGACGAGGCGAAUUAAAUCCCAUCCUUUCAGCGCGCAUAUGAGCGGUGUCAGCGGGCGGUGAGGCAGGCUGUGAAUCCCUCCACCUUCCUCUGAUUUCGGUUCUUUUCUCCCCGGAGCGGACGGAGAGGUCUGGGACUAUGGAGGAUGUCUACCAUUACACCCGCAGCCCUGCCUGGGAGGAACUGGAGCCGGAGAAACUGCCGGCGUCCGCGGCGGGGAUCCAUGCCCAUGUGGUGGGGGCUGUCGCCGGCUCCGGUGGCGCGGACGAGUCCUCUGACAGCGAAGCGGAGCAGGAAGGCCCACAGAAACUGAUCCGGAAAGUGUCCACCUCAGGACAGAUCAGGAGCAAGACGAGUAUAAAAGAGGGAUUGUUGCUGAAACAGACCAGCUCGUUCCAGAGGUGGAAAAAGCGCUACUUCAAACUGAGAGGCCGAACUCUCUACUACGCCAAAGAUGCCAAGUCCCUUAUCUUUGACGAGGUGGACCUAUCGGAUGCCAGCGUUGCAGAGUCCAGCACAAAGAAUGUCAACAACAGCUUCACAGUGAUCACUCCGUUCCGUAGGCUCAUCCUCUGUGCCGAGAACAGAAAAGAGAUGGAGGACUGGAUCAGUUCGCUGAAAUCCGUCCAGUCCAGAGAACAUUACGAGACGGCACAGUUUAAUGUGGAACAUUUCUCAGGGAUGCACAACUGGUACGCCUGCUCCCAUGCACGGCCCACCUUUUGCAACGUCUGUAAAGAUAGCUUGUCCGGUGUCACGUCUCACGGCCUCUCCUGCGAAGUGUGCAAAUUCAAAGCCCAUAAACGCUGCGCAGUCAGAGCCACUAACAACUGUAAAUGGACCACCCUGGCUUCCAUAGGGAAGGAUAUCAUUGAGGAUGAGGAUGGGAUUGCCAUGCCUCACCAGUGGUUGGAAGGCAACCUGCCUGUCAGUGCCAAGUGUGCCGUGUGUGAUAAGACAUGUGGCAGCGUGCUGAGACUGCAGGACUGGCGCUGCCUCUGGUGCAAAGCUAUGGUGCACACAGCCUGUAUGGACCUGUAUCCUCGCAAGUGUCCUCUAGGUCAGUGCAAAGUCUCCAUCAUCCCCCCUACCGCACUCAACAGCAUCGACUCAGACGGUUUCUGGAAGGCCACCUGUCCCCCAUCAUGUGCCAGUCCCCUCCUGGUCUUCGUCAACUCCAAAAGUGGCGACAACCAGGGAGUGAAAUUCCUACGACGCUUCAAGCAGCUCCUCAACCCAGCUCAAGUCUUUGACCUAGUCAAUGGCGGGCCACACCUCGGUCUGCGCCUGUUUCAGAAGUUUGACAACUUCCGGAUCCUGGUGUGUGGAGGCGAUGGAAGCGUGGGCUGGGUCCUCUCAGAGAUCGACAAACUCAAUCUACACAAACAGUGCCAGCUGGGGGUAUUGCCCUUAGGCACGGGUAACGAUCUGGCACGGGUGCUGGGCUGGGGUCCAUCAUGCGAUGACGACACCCAGCUGCCUCAGAUACUGGAGAAACUGGAGAGAGCCAGCACCAAGAUGCUGGACCGCUGGAGCAUCAUGACCUAUGAGAUUAAGAUCCCACCCAAACACAGCUGCCCCACCACGCCUGAGGGAGCCGACGACUGCCAGUUUCACAUUUCAGCCUAUGAAGACUCAGUAGCUGCUCACCUCACAAAGAUCCUCAACUCUGAGCAGCACUCUGUGGUCAUCUCCUCUGCCAAGAUCCUGUGUGAAACAGUAAAGGAUUUUGUUGCCAAAGUGGGAAAAGCUUAUGAAAAGAGUACAGAGAACGCUGAGGAGUGUGAUACAAUGUCUCUCAAAUGUGCCAUCCUGAACGAGAAACUGGACUCCCUCCUCCAGACCCUCAACGCAGAGUGCCAGGCCCUGCCUCCACUGCCCCACUCCACCCCUCCCAUUGUGGAGGAGGAGCAGGAAGAGGAGGAGGAAGAAGAGGAGGCCAGCGAGGACAGCCUGACGGAGCUGAAGGAGAAGCUGGAGGAGGAGGAGACGGAGAAAGGAGGAGUGGGUUCCUCACACCAGCUGUUCAAAAGCAGGGAGCAGCUGAUGCUCAGGGCCAACAGUCUGAAGAAAGCUGUGCGACAGAUCAUAGAGCAGGCCGAGAGAGUGGUCGAUGAGCAGAACGCCCAUACAGACGAUAGCGAGCUGCCAUCUCCCCUGGAGUUCAGAAAGGACAGUGAGGAGGAGAAUAGAGACAGCGAGAAGGAUGAGGAUACUAAGGAACUGGAAGCAGUGCCAUACCUCAGGAAGUUCUAUGAAGCUGUUGCCAUCCAGGCUGCAUACUUCCAGUCCUCUCAUAGCAUGGGUUUUCACAGGCUUUUCAUGACCCAUCGUUUGGAGUAA